AUGUCGCAGCUGUCUCCCGGCCCAUCGACUUUGCCCACGCCAAGCGAACCGGUGUCUGUCAUCCUUCCCCACUUGCUACUCGGGUCAGAUGCGAUCCCGCAAGCCCAGGAUGGCAUUGCCCAGUUAAAGUCGCUCGGUGUAACACAUGUGUUGAAUAUGGCUGUGGAGGUUGAGAACAAAGUGAUCGAAGCAAGCGGCGAAUUCGAAGUCAAGUGGUGUCUUGCGGAAGAUCACGCCGAACAUGACAUUGAGGGAACGAUAAAGGAGGCCCUAGACUGGAUAGGUAAGCGACAACCGUGUCCCAUCUGUAAUGUCAUCUUCGUACACUGCAAAGCCGGUCGCUCUCGAUCGGCCACCACCGCCAUCGCAUACCUAGUAGUGCACGAACGCAUGCGGUUAAGAGACGCAUAUGAAAAAGUCAAGCAGGCGCGACCGGGAGUCAGCCCCAAUCUGGGCUUCAUGCUUGCAUUGCUCCGAAUCGAGAAGGAGGUGCAUGGGGAGAACACGGCGGCGGCUGCGCCCACUACGGACCACUCGAAAGCGCAUAACGCGGAACCACGAUCCCAUUCGCACGGGGAAUUAAUGGCAUGA